UUCUAGGACUACCACUCCCAGAGGAAGCAGGAAAGUCUGCACCAGAAAAUAUAGCGACAAGUUCUAAGCUGAAUAGCAAACGGAAAGUUGGACAGCAGAAAGUAAGCUAAAGACCAGUCACUGAAAAACACAGAUACGGUGCUGUGUGGGAACACCGGGGCGAACUGGACGCCCAGCCCUCGGUCUCCUGACGAUCUCGUCUGGACAGUGGGAGGCACCAUAUUGACCCUUGCCUCCUGGAAGAGGCGCAUUAUGAAUCCGCACCCCCCCGUUCCGGAAAAGUUUUGAUGUUAAGAUGAGAAACUGAGGCAGAGAGAAGCAAGGCGCCACCGCUCGGUCACAUUUUCCAGUUAAACCCAACUUGAAAACGCCAAGGGACGGCUCCGUGAUAGGUCCAAGCUCCGGACCUCCUUCCACCCCCUUCCCCCGCGCUGGCCAGAGGACUAGAGCGUCCUUCAGGGGGCGGGGCGGAGGGCCGGCCGAUGGCCCCGCCCCCUGACCCGGUCCCGCCCCCUCUUCUGGGUCCAAGUCCAGCCCAAUCUUCUCUCCCUCACACCUGGGGUAGCGAAGAGCUCCUGGGAGAACGCGGACCAGGCCAUGCCCAUCGCCAUAGAAGCGGGGACACCCCAGGACCCCAACCCAGGGUCCAAGAGCUUCUGGGGCCAGGGGGCGCGCCCCGGGGUUAAGGCGGUGCCCCAGGCGGCACGUAGGCGGCACUUGUCCUUCUGCAGCGGCUCCGCUCGGGAUUUUCUUCCCAUUUGAGAGGCGGGAACAUCGAGGCGCAGAGAGGGCCAAGGGCCUGCCACAUGUCACCCUUCAGUCUCGGUCAGAACUGACAGCAAGAAUGGGAAGGAGGAAGAGGGGCGGGGGCCGCAACGACCCCCUCCGGGGGCCUCUCUGUCCCCUAAGUCCCCACACCUGUGAAACAGAGGCGCGUUCACGCGGGCCUGUGUCCGAAGUAACAGUCCCGAGAGUCAUAAACUGAAGGGUCUGGGGCUCCUAGUUCCGAGGAAUGUUUCGGGGACGCCUUCGGGGAGGGUCCCCGGCGGGGCGCCCGGGCUGUGCGGGGCCCCGCCGCGCCCCCUCCCUCCCCUCGCGGCGGCCGCGCUCCUCCCCCGGCUCUGCCUCCCGCCCUCCCGCCCUCCUUCCCUCGCUCCCUCCCUCCCCCGCCCGCCCGCCCGCCCGAGCCCGCGCGGAGCCCGAGCCGCAGCCAGAGCGCGGGCAGCGCGGAGCGGGCGGCGGGAAGGCAGCGGAGUCGGGCGGCCCGCCGCCCCCGCCGGGCCCGGGCCACGCACACCCGCCAGGCGGGGGAGAGGCCGGGGACCGCGCGCGGGCGAGGGAGGACUCGCUGCCCGGCCCGGGGGGCGGCGCGGGGCGAGGACUGCCGGCUCGGGUCCGAAGUGAGUGUGGGCGGAGGACGCGCCCACUGGAGGUGCGGCCCGGCGAGCUCCCGGCCCAGCCCGCCCGGCUCCGGGGUCCGAGGAGGAAGGUGACGGCCGGGGAGGCGCCCGGCGGAGCCAGCGCCCGGGCGGCGGGGCCAGCGCGGUCCCUGAGGGCGCGGAGGAGCUGGCCCGGAGGCCCGGCGGGAGGGAGCCGCGGCGCGCCGCCAUGGGCCGGGCGCUGUAGCCGAAGGCGCGGGCCCGAUGGAGCGGGCCGGGGCGCGGGGGCUGCGCGGCGGCGGCCGGCCGGGGCUCCGGCUCGCGCUCGGGCUGGCGCUGCUGCUGGCGCGGCCGCCGUCGGGCCGCGCGGGCGCCCCCGAGGCGCAGGAGCCCGCGGCGCCCGGCACGGCGGCCCCGGCCGGGGGCGACCGCUGCCGGGGCUACUACGACGUGAUGGGCCAGUGGGACCCGCCCUUCAACUGCAGCUCGGGCGCCUACAGCUUCUGCUGCGGCACGUGCGGCUACCGCUUCUGCUGCCACGACGGACCCCGGCGCCUGGACCAGAGCCGCUGCUCCAACUACGACACGCCGGCCUGGGUGCAGACGGGCCGGCCACCCGCGCGUGCCCGCGACGCCGCCGCGCCCCGGGACCCGGGCCGCGAGCGCAGCCACACGGCCGUCUACGCGGUGUGCGGCGUCGCCGCGCUGCUCGUGCUGGCCGGCAUCGGGGCGCGCCUGGGCCUGGAGAGGGCGCACAGCCCGCGCGCGCGGCGCACCGUCACCAGGACACUGACAGAACUUCUGAAGCAGCCGGACCCCCAGGAGCCGCUGCCUCCACCUCUGGGCCCACCUCUGGGUAGCUGUGUCCAGGUGCAGAUGGGGGAUGGCCUCCCCAGGGGCUCCCCCAAGAACACAGGUGUGCAAGCUGGUGGGCCAGCAUAUGUCGAUCCACAGCACAGGCCUGGGAGCAGAGGAAGGGGUGUGUUGAGGGACAAGAAACGCCCCAACAACGUGCCCCUGGGGUCAGCGACACCAGGACCCCUGCGUGGCCCCAGGCUGCAGGACGGCGGCAGCAUGACGCUGCAGCGGGACUACGCCAAGUACGCCACCCUCAAGGCAGCCGCGCUCAAGGCCGCAGAAGCCACUCCGCCGGACUUCUACCAGCGGUUCCCCGCAACCGAACCUGCCCCGCUGACCGUCCCGGCGCGGCCCCAGCGGCCCCGCGAGGACUUGCCGGCGCUGCUCGACGCCUGCCCCUGGGCUCCGCCGGGCUACGCGCCCCCCGCCGGCCUUGCUCCUUCGGGCCACUACAAGGCCUGGAUCGCCGGCCGCCUGGCCCGGCCCGCCCCCCGCGGCCACCUGGCCGCUCAGGCCUCCCCCGCACCCCGGCGGCCCGGCCACGCGCCCCGGCGCCAGUUCAGCGUGGAGAAGCCGCCCGAGGCCUUCGGCCCGCAGCCCCCUGGACUUUACGGCAGUGCAGGCCGCGGGCCCCGGCACCUGAGCACCAACAGCAAAGCUGAGGUCACCGUGUGAAGACAGCCGCUGGUUCUCCCGAAGCAUCGCAAUCUCCGGGGCGCCCUCAUCUGCCUGGAGGCCGCCGUGGGCCGGUUCCCGGGGCCCAUACCGUGGGGGAGGAGAGGCGCCGGCCGUGGAAGGCCAGCCUGCCCUUAUGCCUGCCCAAACUGGACUGGGGCCUUGGAGCCUGCAGGGCUAAGAAGGGGCCCACUGGGUGAGGCCAGUGGUUCUGUCCUUGGGGCCAUAGGGCCAGGGUUCCUCGUGUAAAUAUAAAGCCUUUUCUGUGGCUCCCAUCCCUGAGAAUAAAGGAGCCCCAGCUUGGCUCUGAGAGGCACGGA